AUUCACGCGGCGCCACAUAUGCAACGAUGGUUGGUUCGAGCAUUAUUUUGCGAUCAAGCAGGAUCGGAACUCAAACUCAACGGCAGUGCUGCCGAUCGUGAGCUGCGACCUCCCGUAUAGUUGGAAGUUGUCCCGUUAGAACACGAGACGGUUUGGGUUUUAUUGCGCAAUCUCCAGCGUGAUCAAGCCACCGUAAUGAGUGCCACGGAAACACCGUCAUUCGACGGCGGGAAGAAGAAGAAGGCAACACUGUCUUUUGCGGUCGGCAUCGGAGGCCUCCAGCGACCUGGACCCUCAGAGAUUCUCUACAAGGGAUAUCGCCUCCUCAUCACGGACAGGCCCACCGAUGCAACCUUGCCCUUCUAUGUUGAGGAGCUCAAGAAACGACAGGUUACUGACGUGGUGCGCGUGUGUGAACCAACGUAUCAGACAGAACUUCUCGAGAAAGAAGACAUAAAGGUGCAUGAAAUGCAAUUCGAUGAUGGUUCGUCCCCUGUUCCGGAAAUAGUCGAGGACUGGCUCCACUUGAUCCGCCAGCGGUUCAAGGAGAAACCCGAGGCUUGCGUAGCGGUUCAUUGUGUAGCAGGGUUAGGUCGGGCACCGGUUCUUGUCGCUUUGGCACUCGUUGAGCUCGGCAUGAAAUUCGAGGACGCUGUCGAAUACAUUCGAUCCUUGCGCAGGGGCGCCAUCAACGCGAGGCAACUGAGUUACCUUGAGAAAUAUCGUUCCAAGAAUCGUCUCAAACAAAGGGCAGGCGCCGAGGGCAAAGAGCAAUCGAAUUGGCUCCACUCCGUGGCAAGAAAAAUUCUCAAGAAAUGAUCCGGAUGACGGAAAACGAGAGCUAGCCCUCUGCUGGAGCAGUCAAGGAACAAGCUGUCAUUAUCGGACUUGUAUUCAAUGCCGAUCUCGGAAAUCUCUGCGGAAGCUCCAAGGUCCGUGAAAGUUGCCGCAAUCUCCAAGGAUUUCCAACUAUUGUUUCUCAUAGGUAUGUAUUAUCUAGGCUUCUCAUGUAUAGAUUCGCCGAGAAAAACCCGAGUCUCGACUCAGCGCCUCGGCGCUCUAGAAUUUCUCAUCGAUCCGAUGAAUCAUUCUAAAAGCUCAAAUGAAUGUUUCUGGAGUGCGCCCCCCCUAGCGAGGCUUGCAGUGAGUCAUAUGCAUCGCUCCGAAUUUCACUCGGUUUCUUUUUUAUUCAUUAAACACGAUUCGUCCCAUACAUCA